UUCUGCUGCUACAAUCUUCGUCGCCUCAUAUUCUUGUCGUCUAUUUAUUCACGGUGAUUCGUGCCUCGUUCGUUUCCCUGGUCGAGUGAAAAUUAUAAACGGGACGAUGACAUUUCUUCGUCAUCCAUCAUCAGCACCUCAGCUGGUGUCACAAGAUUUAUCAUUAUACUGGAACUAUGUCUUGGGUAUCAGACUACCAAUACAAGUGGUAUGAGACACUGGCCAUGAAUAUAGUGCGUGCCGGUGGCAAUAUUCCACGACAUGUCGCUUUUGUUAUGGAUGGCAAUCGGCGCUAUGCAAAAUCGCAAUGUCUGCCCAAGAUCGACGGACAUUCGCAUGGUUUUGAAAAGUUGGCUAAUUGCCUGCGUUGGUGCUUGGAUAUGGGUAUAAAGGAGGUGACAACAUUUGCUUUCAGCAUAGAAAAUUACAAACGAUCCGAGGAGGAGGUGAAUGGUUUGUUGGAUUUGGCACGUGAAAAAUUCCAGAAAAUAUUAUUGGAGGAGCAAAACUUGAAUGAACAUGGAGUAUGUAUCCGAGUAAUUGGCAAUAUAGGAUUACUACCGAAAGAUUUGCAAAUAUUAAUUUCCAAAGCAAUGAUUCUAACAGAACGCAAUGAUAAACUUUUCCUAAACAUUGCUUUCUCAUAUACUUCACGCGAUGAAAUAACUCAGGCGGUGGAAACAAUUCUCAAACAUGGCGGAGAUUUGGAACCGGAAGACAUUAGUGAACGUCUGAUUGAAGAAUGUUUAUAUACGAGAAACUCCUCACCUCCAGACUUGCUUUUCCGAACAUCGGGCGAAACACGUAUUAGUGACUUUCUGAUGUGGCAGAUUUCCACGGCAGUUUUGUACUUUACAAACAUUCUAUGGCCACAGAUAACUCUUUGGAACUUCCUGUGCGGCAUAUUCGCAUAUCAACGCGCAAGCUUACGCUUAGAGCCUUUAAAGCGGCAUAAACGGCUACAACAUGCUGUACAGGCAAAGGAAUGUAAUUACUACUCUGAACGGGUUUUGAGCUACUUGCAAAAACUAGAUAGUUUUAGAAAAAAUGUUUUGUAUAGUUUAUCAACAAGUAACUAAACCACAUCGAGAAUCUAUGUAUUUAGCUAAGGUCAAAGUACAACUAAAAUAUAAAAUCUUACAUUGAAA